AUUCACAUGCGAACGCAUCCGAACACAUCGUUAUCGCUGCCGAUAACAAUUUCUCCACCUGGCUCUCUCUCUGUCAGCGCUUUGAGUGCCCGUGUUGUGUGUUUUUUGAUUUUUCUGGUUUUUGUUAAUUUUAAUUUCGUGCACCGAGUGACGAUAGGCGUUACAAGUGUCCCAAGAAAAAAAACGUGCAUGCACUCCAAUUACGACAUCGGCCUGGAAUAAAAGAUAAACCGGACAGAACAGCGCCUACAAAAAUGAGCAUACCCAACGAGUAUAUUACAAAAACGGAAGAUGUGGCCGAACAGGUCAUCAAGCGCGGCAAAUAUGUGUUGCCAACUGUUGCGCGACUGUGCCUUAUUGCCACAUUCUUCGAGGAUGGCCUGCGCAUGUACUUCCAGUGGAACGAGCAGCGCGAAUAUAUGGACAUGAGCUGGGGCUGUGGCAAGUUUAUGGCGACGGUCUUUGUGCUGACGAAUCUAUUUGGACAACUUGGCGGCUGUGGCAUGGUAAUGGCUAGAUUCAAGGUGGACAUUGCUGUCGGUCUGCUCUUCUUUAUUGUAGUGCUACAGACAAUAGCCUAUUCCAUACUGUGGGACUUCCAGUUCUUGUUGCGCAACUUUGCCUUGAUCGGUGCCCUGCUGCUGGUGCUCGCGGAGGCCAGGAUCGAGGGACGCAGCUUAUUUGCUGGUGUGCCCUCGCUGGGCGAUAAUAAGCCCAAGAACUUUAUGCAGCUGGCUGGACGCAUCCUGUUGGCUUUCAUGUUCAUAACGCUGAUCCGUUUCGAGUUGAGCGUGUGGAAUGUGAUUCAGGAUAUCAUUGGAUCCACUUUGAUGGUGCUCGUUGUGCUCGGCUACAAGACAAAGUUGUCGGCGUUAAUUCUUGUCGCGCUGCUGUCCGUGCUCAAUUUGUAUCACAAUGCCUGGUGGACCAUUCCGUCUUACAAGCCACUGAGGGACUUUUUAAAAUAUGACUUCUUCCAGACACUGUCCGUCAUCGGCGGCUUGCUCAUGAUUGUCUCCUUGGGCCCCGGAGGCGUCUCCAUGGAUGAGCACAAGAAGAAAUGGUAGAGAGUGUCUUAAGAAUCGCCUGAAAAGUAUAGAAUUGACUUUUUUUUUACAAAAACUUGCGAUUAACUCUUACGGAUGAAAUUUAGUUAGAAUUACCAUAAAAUGGAACAACAGGAGCAACAGCAACAGCAAAAGCACAACAAACCAAUUGAUAAACUUGACAUAAUAAUAAACAAAGGAUAAAUAUGAUGAAAUAAAAAGGGACUUCCGCAAUAUCCAGGCUAAAAACGAUUAAGGCCCACCAACAAACAUUCGCGCACGUUUAACGACAAAACUUCGUACAUAUUUACAUAUAUAUAAGAGACAUUUUCGUUUUGUACAUAAAAUACGGCGAUUUUAUGCCCCCAAAUGAGAGACAUUCAACUGAUUUUAUAUUUCGUUUACAAUCUGUCCAUGAAACACACCAUUUAAUAAUUUGUUUUUGCAAAACUCUUCGUUUAAUUUCGUAAUUUGUACGCCCUUUUUUAAGUUGUAAUAAUAAUAAUGAUUUAAUGUGUUUGCGUUUGUUGUUUGAUAAGAAGUUCAAUUAUGAUGAUAGCGGUGUAUAAAAAUAUGAUGAAUUGUACCAAUUGACGAUGAUUUGUUUCUUUCGUUUAUAAGCAAAAUGUAAUAGAAUUAAAUUGUAACGUUUUAAUAAACAACUAAAAUACAAAAAGA